AUGUCCGCCCCCAACAAGCCCACUAGGGCUAGUCCACCUCCGAGCCAGCAACCACUGCAAGGACUGGUCUCCUACCUGCCCAGUCCCCUGCUGCCGUACGCCCAGCUGAUUCGACUCGACAAACCGAUUGGCUUUGCCAUUGUGUACCUGCCCUACCUCAUCGGCAUUGUCUACGCCGCCAGCGUCGCCCCCACCCCCCUGCCCAUGUCCUUGCUUCUCAACCGCGCCCGCAUCUUCCUCACAGGGAGCAUCAUCCUGCGCUCAGCAGGCUGCACCUGGGACGACAUAGUGGACCAAGACCUCGACCGCCAAGUGCAGCGCAGCCGCUCGCGCCCGAUCCCGCGCGGCGCCGUAACCACUCGCAACGCGUGCCUGUUCGCCCUCGCCAUCGCCUGCGCUGGCGUCGCCAACCUCCGCCAUCUGCCGCGCGAAUGCACCCACGACGCCAUAUUCAUUGUUACAUUAUCACUAAUAUACCCUUACCUGAAGCGCGUCACCCAUUACCCGCAGCUCGUGCUUGGCCUGACAAUCGGGUUUGCGGUGAUAAUGGCCGCGCAUUCGCUGGCGGUCGAUCCCUGGGCAUAUCCCACGAACAUCGCGACAGGGAGUCUCUAUUUCGCCGUCGUCCUGUUGAUGAUGCUGUACGACAUCAUAUAUGCGCGACAGGAUACCACCGAUGACAUCAAGGCCGGGGUGAAGAGCAUGGCCGUGCGCUUUCGCCAUUCCAUUCGGCUGCUCGCGGGGCUGCUUGCGCUUGUUAUUACAGUGCUGCUGGCCGCCACGGGCAUCAGCUCUUCAUUCGGGCGGGUAUAUUUUGGUACAGCCGUUGGUGGCACUGGGGUGAGCUUGGGCACCGUGGUUCUGCGCAUGAAUUUGGAGAACCCGGACAGCUAUCAUUGCUAUGUGGGCGCGGCGUACAUGGUCACAAGUGUCUGUAUUCUUGGGGGGCUGCUUGGAGAGUAUGCCAUAAAGGCUGGACUACUGCCAUAA